AUGAUGAGAGGAUCGAGUAAGAGGUCAAUCAGCAGUACUGUGGCACUGCUGAUAAAAAAGAACAAACUUCCACCGCGGCCAAAGUUCACACCGGAGAUGGAAACACAAUGCACAGAAAAGUUCCUUCAUGGUGGUAGAGGUCCUGGUGGUCAAAAGAUUAACAAGUGCAAUUCCAAGGUACAGCUACGGCAUGAACCAACGGGGAUUGUUGUCGAAUGCCAAGAAACACGGUCACGUGAGCAAAAUCGCAAACUUGCCCGGCUCAAACUCGCGCGUGAACUUGCGGAGUCGUGCGACGCGAUACCAUCCAGGGAGGACGCGCUUCUACAGUGGCACCGUCAGCAGAAACGCUCGCAGCGUCGGCGUAGCAUCGCGAAGUACGAGCAGCGUGAAGAGGCUGCUCGAGUCCAAAAAGAGGAACGCGAGAUUCAAGACAGAGAAAUGCUGCGCGAGUUGUUCCGCCGGUAA